GUAGCUACAAGCAUGAUUUCGACAGCCAAAGGUCGCAUGGUGUCAGGGACGCGCCUAGUCACGGGAACGAUAAUAGAGCGCACGCUAGUACGCCCAGAUCGCGCAGAGUAAAGGAAAUCAAACAGAGUGCAAUAAUUGAACCUAAUGGUUACAUUGGGUCAGAUCAAACAGUUGAUGAUCUACGCACAAUACUUUGCUGCUCUCAAUUUCGCAACGUAUUUUACUUUGUAUCGGAAAAGAUAAGGACAUCACAAACUCUUCUGUAUGAUCGGGGGACAGGAGCGCACAGUAUGGUCCGGGAAACCAGACAUUUAUGGGUGGGAAAUUUACCCGAAAAUGUACGAGAGGAGAAAAUCAUUGAGCACUUCAAGCGAUAUGGACGGGUGGAGAGUGUCAAGGUCCUUCCAAAGAGGGGGUCAGAAGGUGGAGUCGCAGCCUUUGUGGAUUUUGUGGACAUUAAAAGUGCUCAGAAGGCUCAUAAUUCUAUCAACAAGAUGGGGGACAGAGACCUGCGCACUGAUUACAAUGAGCCAGGCACAAUCCCUAGUGCUGUGAGAGGGCUGGACAAUAGCCUGUCCUUAGGCUGUCGUGGGCGGGAUGUUUCAGGGUUCACAAGGGCGGCAGGGGGCCUGGUGUAUGGGCCCCCUGCAUUGCUCCACAGCAGAGAGGGACGCUAUGAACGCAGACUAGACGGGACUGCUGAAAGUCGGGAUCGAGCAUAUGAUCACAGUGCCUAUGGACAUCACGAGCGUGCUGGCAGUAGCUUUGACCGGCAGCGUCACUACGAAUCCGACUAUUACAGAGAUACCAGGGAGAGAACGCUUAACACUGGCUCUGGCACUGCCAGUGGAGGUGGUGGGGCCAUCUCUGCAGGGGUCGUUGGAGGAGUUGUAGGUGCUGGCGUCAGUGCCUGUGGAACAGGUGGUGGGGCUGGGGCUGGAGGAAGUGGAGGAUCUUCAUCGGUUGGUGUGGGAUAUUAUCGUUCACAUAGCCGGAGCCCGAGCCACUUUGAUACACCAGAGCCUCAAUAUGAUACUCGACCCAGAGAACCCUUUAUACUGGCCAGCAUAGUUCACAGGGAUCUGUACCAAGAAGAGCGGGGUCGACGUGGAGAUCGAUCUUACCCCGAUAGUUGCAGCCGGUCUCCACACUCUUCACAUUCACGUAACCUCUCUCCACAAAGGUUGGCGAGUCAGGCAACCUGGCCUCCCGGCUCACACAGUGGCUCCGGCUCUCGCAGUCGUUCCUCCAGUUCCAACUCUGUCAGCAGCACCAGCAGCAGCAACAGUGGCAGCAGUGAUUCCAGCAGUAGUUCGAGUGAUGACUCGCCAGCACGUUCAGUUCAGUCUGCUGCCGUCCCUGCACCUUCAGCUCUGCCUUUAUCAGCCCUUGACAAGGAUGAGCAUCGAAAAAGCUUUGGUGUCAAGGUCCAGAAUCUUCCUGUGCGUUCUACAGAUACAAGUCUGAAGGAUGGCCUGUUCCAUGAGUUCAAGAAGUAUGGGAAGGUGACGUCUGUGCAAAUCCAUGGAGCUUUAGAGGAGCGCUAUGGACUUGUGUUCUUUCGCCAGCAAGAGGACCAGGAGAAGGCCCUGGGCGCAUCAAAGGGGAAGCUGUUUUUUGGCAUGCAAAUUGAGGUCAUCGUCUGGAAUGGCCCUGGUGCGUCCACAACUGAGACUGAAAGCGAGAAUGAGUUCCGGCCUCUGGAUGAGAGGAUAGACGAGUUUCACCCCAAAGCCACACGGACUCUGUUUAUUGGCAACCUGGAAAAGACCACCAGCUACCAUGACCUGCUCAAUAUCUUUCAGCGAUUUGGGGAGAUAGUGGAUAUUGACAUCAAGAAAGUUAAUGGUGCCCCUCAGUAUGCCUUUCUACAGUACUGUGACAUUGCCAGUGUUUGUAAGGCCAUAAUGAAGAUGGAUGGAGAGUACCUCUGCAACCAUAGGCUAAAGCUGGGAUUUGGAAAAAGUAUGCCCACAACUUGUGUUUGGUUGGAUGGUUUAGCCUCCAACAUCACAGAGCAGUAUCUCACUCGUCAUUUCUGUCGUUAUGGACAUGUUGUCAAGGUUGUAUUUGACAAACCCAAAGGAAUGGCCCUUAUCCUGUAUAAUAACAUAGAUUAUGCGCAGGCCGCUGUCAAAGAGACCAAGGGUUGGAAGAUGGGUGGCAACAAAAUUAAGGUGGACUUUGCCAAUCAGGAAAGUCAGAUGGCUUUCUAUCGCUCAAUGCAGGCAUCUGGGCAGGACAUUCGCGACUUCUAUGAAAUCCUAUCUGAACGAAGGGAUGAACGCAGGCCGCAGUAUGAGUUUACAGCUGAACGGCCAUUAUUUGACAACAGUGUGCGAACACCUGGAGGAGCCUUCAUAGAAGACCCCCGUCGCAAGUUACCUGCCAGAGGCCGAGAGUUCUACACUGAAUGGGACCCAUACCAGGGGGAUUUCUAUGACCCACGUUACUUUGAUGACCCGCGUGAAUACAGAGAUCACAGAGACCCCUAUGAGCAGGACAUCCGCAAAUACAGUUACUUGCAGAGGGAGCGUGAGAGGGAGCGCUUUGAAACAGACCGUGAACGUGACCAUGGGCGGAGGACAAUUGAACACAGCCAGAGCCCUUCUCACCCUAAUCACCCUGCCAGUCCUACAGUGUCCCCCUCCCUCUCUGAGCGUCUACCAAGUGACUCUGAUCGCUGCAUUUGCUGUAGAUCCUCAGAGCAAAGUUGCAGCUGCAGUUCACUCUCACCUCCAAGAUUUGACAAGCCUGACAAGGCGCGCCCUGACCGGUAUAAUAAGAGCGAUAAGCCAGAGAAGGAGAGAUCCUUUGAAGGUGAACAUGGUAUUGGGGGUGAAAAGGAAAAGCGGGCUGGGCGCAAGGAGAAGGGUGAAAAGGAGAAAGGUGAGAAACGGAGGCUGAGGAAAUUAAAAUUGCAAUCUACCAGCAUUCCAUCACCUGAGACGGACCCUGAACUUGAAAGAGAAGAUAGUCCAGGCCUUCGAAGCAAAGUCAGCAAGUUUCCUCCUAAGGAAAAAGAAGGCUUGGGCAAAGGACAGCUAGACCUACCACCUUGUGUGGUGCAGCUAACGCGUGUGAAGGAGAAGGAAGGAAAAUUGCUUGGUCAUGCUGUCCUAGAAAAACAAAGACUUAGAGGUGAGAAUGACAGUAUUCGGCUUGCAUCACCUUCAAGUGACCAGAACAGUCCUUCCUUUCGCAUAGAUCCUCAAAAAGGAGAUAUAAUCAAGCAUAGGAAGGUGCCCAAAGACAAAAACAUGGCGAGGCUGGUUGAAGUUGUAGAAAAUGAUGGUAAAAUUAAUGCCAAAAAACAUAUGAAAGCUGGUCCUGGGUUUGAUGGUUCUAACUCUGUGGAUGUUGACCGUCUAGCUGCACGAAAGAGGCGUUUUGAAGAAUCCAUGCUGAAGACCGAUCGACUGAAGAGGGCCAGUCAGGAAGAGGAGGAGGGUGGUAGAUUGGGACUUAGGAAGACAGCUGACAGCGCUAUGGCAAAGGAGAAUAAGGGUGACAAGAGCCUAUUUGCAAAAGGGGUUCAUAAGAAGGAGCAUCGCAAGGCUAAAUCUGAGAGACUUGUUACUGUUUGCAGUCCUAAAGAUAAACAAGAGUCUGAUAUUGACUCCAUGGGAAUGGGCCUUGGACUCAGUUUGGAACUUCAGUCACGACUUGGAGAACCAACAGAAGAUGAAAUAGAUCCAUUUGACCCACCCUGUCUGAAAAUGGAGUUUUGGGGAUCAAAAAUCCAGAGUAGUUUAAGUCUCAUGAAAAUAUCUGAUGGGAGUCUUGACCAGGAUGCAUUCAAUGUACAGCCGCAAGAAGACAAUGGCGAGCAGGGUGUGGGACUAUACAAAAGCAGAGAGGAGACUGAGGAACAACUUGCGUCUGAUAUUGACCACUCUCAGAGCUGCAAAAAACAAAUGGAACAGAGCCGACAGCUUUGGCAGAAGCUAGAAGAGCCUGACAAAUCAGAUAAACGUGAAAGCCCACAAGGCAGCAACACAGAGGACUUUGAAAGAUGCAGUCUGUUGCAUGAGGUAGGAAAACCACCUCAAGAUGUCACAGAUGAUUCUCCAUCUAACAAAUGUAAGAGGUCUGAGAGUUUUGACUUUGACUUGCUAAGUGCUAAGAGAGAACGACACUACAGGUCUUCUCGGGAAUUAAAUGAAGACCUUGGCCGGAGUGUCACAGCCUUUUCUGGCUCUAAUCACUUUCCCUCAAAUGAAGAAGUGUGUGCUUCCCAGUUAUCACAAUCAGUUACCAAUAAAGAGACUAAAGACUCUCCUAAAGAAGAGGACAAAGUCUUCUCACAUGUAGAUUCAUUGAAAUACAGCUUGGACAUGACACCCAAUCGUCUCAGUUCCCCGAACACAGAAUUUCCUAAGUCUAAGACAACAUUGCUUGGGUGUGAUGAGGAGCUACUCCAACGAUGGGAGAGCAGAAUCGAAUCUGACUCCCUCAGAAUGGACAUGACCUUCCCCAGUAGCAUUGUGAAACGUGAAAACAUUCGCAAACGUCUUGUGCCUGAACUAGAGCCUGGAGAAGUACAGUCAGAUUCAGAUAAUGAUAGUGAGAACAAAAACCACUCCCCUAAGCCCAACACCUCACUGUCCUCUAUCCUUAGGGAACGUGAAGAAAGUUUGACAGACCUGAAGUUCUCAGGCUCCCUGGAGAAGAACAAGUUCUAUUCUUUUGCAUUAGACAAGACUAUAACUCCAGACACAAAAGCACUUCUUGAGCGAGCCAAGUCAUUGUCCUCCUCAAGGGAGGAUAAUUGGUCCUUUCUUGACAGAGACUCUCGCUUUGCCAGUCUUCACAGUAGCUCAGACAAAGAAAAGGUAGAGUCUGCACCACGACCUAUCCCGUCUUGGGACAUGAAGAAGAAGAAAAUUCGUACUGACUCUGAAGGUAAACUGGAUGACAAAAAGGAGGACCCCAAAGCAGAGGAUCAGCAACGGCAGGAGCUGUUUGCCUCUCGUUUUCUUCAUAGUUCAAUCUUUGAGCAAGAUUCACGGCGUCUGCAACAUCUUGAGCGCAAAGAUCCAGAUCCUAAGUUGGGAUUUGGCAGACAUCUUUCCAAACAGGAUUCUGUCGAAGGACAACCUGAGCCAGGGGGAGUGGACCUUCAAGAGCCCAUAGUGCUUUUUCAUAGCCGCUUUCUAGAGCUUCAACAACAGAAGGAGACCUCAAGGGACCACUUUCCAACAGAAAUUGAAAGUGUUGAUGUGGUUGAUGAGAGUGAAGGAGAACAAGUUCAGAAUGAACAACAAGAAGGGUCUCCCAAGGUUUCAGAGUUCAUGCAGAAGGCUGAUAUUAAAUCAGUCGGCCCUUCUCUCAUCCUGCCAAUUUCACAGUUUCUUCCUUCACCCAGAGAGAUAUCGCCACAGCAGGAGAAAGAGGCUAUUUUAACUUCCUCAUCUGAACAGACUGUCUCACUGAUUAAAGAGGAACAAGUGGAACAUAAUCAUGAUGUGUCCCCACCCCAAUCUCCUCCACUAGUAGAGAUCCAACCCCCAUCCUCGAUUGUAAUCACUCCCCUAUGUCCUGUCCUUUCAGAGGCUGAGGUUAAAGUUGAACCUAAAGAGGAAUUAUGUGAACCCAAAGUUACAACCGAAAGCAAUGUUACAGUGGAUCAUGCAUCUUUCUUUGAUGUUAAGCCUCCCACUCCUGGUGCCUCAUUAAGUAGUUUUGAGGCAGAGACUGCCGAAUUCCCCUGCUCUGCUUCCCACAAGAUUGAAGAGAAUAUGGACAUGGUCAAGAUGGAGGUCCAACCAGAGAAACCAGAUUCUAAGGACUUUGACACACCUCAUAAAUCUGAAGCUUCCCAAGAGGUUCACAUGCCAGUUUCAGAGACCGAAAUGAAACCAGCAAAGCCAAUUGGCAAACAACCCAAGAGUAAAAGGGCUAAGCCAAAUGUGUCCGUAACACAAAUCCUGAAUCCCCCCGAAACAAUUGUCUCUGAGAAACCAGUUACUCGAAAGAGUGAGCGAAUUGACAGGGAGAAACUGAAAAGGUCUUCAUCUCCACGAGGAGAAAUAUCAUCAGAGCCUAUAACCACAGCCAAGUCACCAGUUCAUGCCCUUGAUUCUGAGAAUGAAUCAAGCCUAAUCCUCGGAAGGACCAGACGCCGAAAUGUUCGGUCUAUUUAUGCCACACCAUCUGAAGGGGAGGCCCAGCCACCAGGUAAAGAGGUGGUGGAUUAUUUACGCGCCACACGUAAGCGUGGUGUUGACAAAGAACCAGUGCAGCAGCUGCAGCAGGACGCAUUGAACACAUCUACCAACACAAGGCGAGGUAACCCACCCAAGUCACGCAGGCGAGGGGAAGAUGUGUCACCAGUGAAAGGAGACUCACAGAAAACAUCAGAGGAAGACAUUGAUAUCAAAGAGCCUGUGAACACUGGAGAGGGUUUAAGAAUGUCUGAGGGUUGGCAUUCACCCCAUAUGCAGAAAGUGCAGAACACUCAUGUGUCUUCACCUACUGGAACCUCUGUUGGCAGGAAAGCAAGUAGAGUAGACAAACAAUCUGAGAGUGCAACAUCACCAGGAGAGAAGUCAGGUGAUAGUACAACUACUGAAGAGCCCAAAAUAAAAGAUGAGUCCGAAGAAGCAGGGAAAUUAUUAGAGGAAGCAAAGCAAUGCUUGCCAACACAGAAAGACGAAAAAGACAAAGAGCUAACUGAUCAAAUUGCGAAAAAAUCUUCUGAAGGGGAUAUUGAGAGGAUAGAAUCUACCUAUGUGGAGAAAAGACAACAAUCUGAAAAGAGUGGGAAAGUAAAAGAACCAAGGUUGACACAAAAUUCCAAAUUGGUGACAGAGGAUAAAUUGCAUUGCUUGAGAAACCUUGAGAUUCGUGUAAGCGUAGAUGAUGUGAAAGGGUUGCUUUGCUCUGGGGAGGAUGAGUCUGAAUCUUUUGAGACCACUGCUAAAAAUGCCAAACCAGGAGUUCCAAAUAAAGAAGAAACAAGGACUCAGUAUCUGAAAGAAGCAGCAGAGCUCAGCCCAGAGGAAAGGGACGUUCUAUUAGGGCUUGAACCACCGGUGGACCCAGCAGCCGCUCUUUUGGCACGUCAGAUGGAACUGGAACGGGCAGUGGAGAAUAUUGCCAAACUUACAGUUGAGAAACCUCUUCAACCCUAUAAGGAACCACCUGCAGAGCCACGUACCCUGCUGCCCCCUGUCACUGUAGAACCAGAUAAUGAAAUAGAGGGGGAGAAGUCAGCUAAUCCUGCCAGUGAAACCGAACUGGCUGCUGCUAUUGAUUCCAUUACUGCUGAAGACAUAUCUACUGAUACAGAUGGGUUCACAGCUCCUCCCACUUACACUGCACUUGUUCCUACCCCAGAGCCCCUGGUCUCACCCUCUGCCAAUGAGGUAUUGGCACCAGAAACACGCAUUAUUGACCCAGACCCAGAGAUGGGAGUUCUAAUUCCCAGUGACAAGCCCUUGACGCCAGAUGCUAAAGCCUCUGAAUCAUCUGUCUCUGGGGCCUCUGCCCAAGAUGAGUCCCCUCCACCAGAAACACCCAAGAAAACAGGGAAAGCAGUCAGAGCUAAGACUCCAAAGAGGUCCAGGGGACGAAAGGCUUGUGUCAACAGGAAGGGAGAGACUGCUGAAGAGGUACCAGAACCUGAGACCUCCCCUAUCAAGCUAACAGAGUCCAUUCCUGAAGACAUGGAAAUCAUCAACUCUAAGGCAGCUACAGCUGCAGCAACAGCAGCAACAGCCACUGUUGUCACUGCAGCUGCUACCUGCAAACGUGAUAUCACAUGCACCAUGACUGUGUAUACCCCCAAGGAGGCAGAACAACCUGCUGUGGAACAACCCGUACCUGAAGAAUCUGCCUUUCACUCUAGCACCAAGAGUCCUCCUCAUUUCAAAAAGCUGCAACUAUCCGCAGUAGCCCCUGCUCUCUCUCCAUCCCUUGCCCUAACACCAUCUCCAACCCAAUUGAAUGUCCCUCCACCUCGCCCAGGCAAGAUGCCUGUUUCACCAGACUGGCUUCCAAGAUCUGAAGAAAGUAGAAUCCAUGCUACUCCUGCAAUUCAAGUUAAUGUAGUCACUCCCUCUGCACCAGCAGUAACUGCACUUGGGAACCAGUCAGCAAACCCAUCCAUGCCUCCUGAUACCAAGGCAUCGGAUAUUGACCCUAGCUCCAGCACUCUAAGAAAGAUCCUCAUGGAGCCCAAAUAUGUGUCAGCAUCAAACAGCAAUGCCAUUCCUACUACAGUGCUAACGACAACGCUGGCAGACCUUCGCAUGUCAGAGAAUGAGAACUUGUCUGACACAAUGACCGCUUGGCACAAGCAUCUUGAAGACAGACCCUCGCCUUUGAUACCACAUCCCACUUUUCAAAAACCAUCCCCGCUUACAGAGACCCAGCAGAACUUUGGAGAGAAGAUUGUACAUUCAGUAAUUUUCCCUACUACCUCUGUCAUCAGCCGGAUUCCAAUGCCCUAUGACACUGAGGAAGCACCUCGAAUCUCCCUAAGUAACCGUAAUGCUCCCCUAUCUCUACCCAAACAGAAAUUCAGAUCAAGUAUGAACGAGAACAAUCGUUACCAUGGAGUAGAUGUGGCGGAGGAUGUGAACAGCAGAGGACGGUCUGUAGUUGAGAGCACACCCUACAACACAGACUCCAGUCCUGGUCUCAGGGUGAAUACAUCACAGGGUGUGGUAGUACUAAGUUACUCAGGGCAAAAAACAGAGGUUCCUCAACGGAUCAGCGCCAAAAUUAGCCAGAUUCCACCAGCCAGUGCAGUCGACAUAGAGUUCCAGCAGUCUGUCUCUAAAUCUCAGAUUAAGCAAGAACCGCUUACCCCAUCCCAGCCUUCCACCCCCAAGGGACCCCUGACACCCGCAGGGUACGGACACCCUGGGGUACUCUUAACUGGCCAGUCAUACAAUUCUCAGCCUGUCAUCUCCACCAUUAAGCAGGAGAGUCCUGUUUCUGACAAGUCAGAGUCGUCAUAUCACACUGGACUUCAGGGUAGCACAGUAAUGAUGAUUCAACAAAAGAUGAUUCAACAACCGGUCACUAAUCCUCAAGUAUUGAUGUACAAUCAGGCUGUGAUGCAGCAGCACAUGAAGAAAAGGCCUGGAGUAGAAUCCAUACCAAUGAUGGCGGAUAUGGCAAAGGCACACCAGACAUCCAACCUCAGUCAAAUCAUGAAUCCACAUCACCCAUCUUUGACUGGAAACCGCAUGAGUCCUAGUCCUAGUACCCCAACUGAUCAGUCAGUCCCACACCUCAAGCAAGAGCCCUAUUCCCCUCGAACAACGGGCCACUCACCUUCACCAUUUGCCAAAGUUUGCCCUCCCAGCAACUCAAUGUCCCCCCAUGGCAGCUCUAUGGUUUUGCAUCCUGGUAUGCCUGAGAUGUCUCUGUACAUCUCCAGUAUGCACCACCCCCAUCCAGAGCAGUCUGUUAUCAUGACCCCAGUGUCACAUAGCGUCACCCAGUCAGUGUCUAUGGGUCGCCACUGCCACGGUGAGGUCAGGAUGAACACCCCACACAUUUCUGGAAUUAAUUACGGAAGACGGGCGGAUUUCCAACCAUCUUCCCACGCUGGGCCCUCUCAGCGCUCCAACAUGCCAGCUGUGAUCAGAGACAUGGUGGUGCAGUCCCACGCGGGCCCUACUCGGGGAGCCUCAGACCACAGUGCCGAGGAGGACAUAAGGCAUUACCACCAGGGGCUGUGCAGAUCCUCUGCACCCCAACUCCAGUCAGAUGUGAUGAUGAUGCAGGCAGAGCAGCAGCGAGGGCUGCAUCACGCAGGCCUACGUCUGGACCAGUACAGUAUGGCCUCCCGGGACAUCAGAGACAUACGGGACAUGCGCAUCCUGAUGCACCAUCAGCUAGGAGAGAACACCAUCGCAGAGGGUCGUCAGUCACAAACUCCUGAGGCAGGAGCAACCUCAAUCACCAACAUCUCUGCUGCUUCCAAGAGUCCCUUGGUUGGAAAAGGCAUGACGCAGAUGGGGAAGGAGACUCCCAAACCAUUGGAAGCAAAGAUGUCUCACCCACCUCAUACCGAGAGCAGCAGGAUCAUAGGGGUCCAUUCAUCCGUCCCUGUUAUGGUGUCUCCUCAUCAUCAUCCUCAAGGGGUUCAGCUGAUUCAUCCAGGCGGCGCUGGCUCCUUCCCAAUGUACCGGGAUAUGCGGGGCUUCCACUCCCAGUUUUCCAGUCACUCUUCGAUGGGAUUUAACCUGGCUUCCCGCGGCAUCACACCUUCCCAGGAUUGUGAUCUCGGCCACAGGGGAAAGCUGUCUCAGUCACUAUCUGCCAGGUCACUUGAUGGAGGAUAUGAAACCAAAUCGGACAACUCCCACCUCAUUCACACAGCCUCCAAGGACCUAUCCCACAUGCCCCGGAUGCAGAGCGACACCAUUUCACCCUCUUAUGCAUCUCCCAUGGCUCUCUCCCAUAAGCAAGAGCUAGUUCUGCAGAAGGGCCCACCAGUCUUCAUGUCGAGCCCUCCAGCAGCACCCCUCUCAAGUUCCUCAGAGUUGCACCCUGAGGGUAAACUGGGGCACUCAGGAUACCGGUCCGUCGAUAUGGUGCAGCUUUUGAUGAAAUACCCCAUAGUAUGGCAAGGCCUGCUGGCACUGAAGAAUGACUCCGCUGCCGUGCAGCUCCACUUUGUCUCUGGCAACAACGUGCUGGCUCACCACUCACUGCCGCCCCUGGAGGGAAGUGCCCCACUCCGCAUCGCACAGAGGAUGAGACUGGAAGCGUCCCAGCUCGAGGGCGUGGCUCGCAGGAUGAUGGUGGAGAGUGACUACUGCCUCUUGCUAGCUCUGCCAUGUGGGCGAGAUCAGGAGGAUGUUCUCAGCCAGACCCUUCUUCUGAAAGGAGGCUUCAUCACCUACCUACAGCAAAAACAGGCAGCUGGAAUCAUCAACGUCCCCAACCCCGGCUCUAAUCAGCCGGCAUACGUGGUGCAGAUUUUCCCGCCGUGUGAGUUCUCAGAGAGCCACCUGUCCCGGCUUGCCCCCGACCUUCUCAACAGUAUCUCCAGCAUCUCCCCUCACCUCAUGAUUGUCAUUGCCUCCGUGUAAUACCUCUCCAUAAAUAAAACUCAAUUUUCUUGAACCCACCAGAACCAAGCCAACACCAGCCUUUUUGGACUUUCAUCCAGUUUAGAAAACUGGAAAUGCCUCAUAGUUUGAAUGGGUUUGACCAUUUUUGGUUUUAAAAUAUGUCUCUUCACCAAGUCCUUAAAUCAUCCUACCACCUCUAAUUCCACAACUCUCUGUCUUUACGGAGAGCACACGGAAGGGUGGAUUAGGAGUUUCGGUGAUCAAUUCUAUGAUCAUCCAUUUAACUUUUGCCAUUGUUGGAGGUAAACCGGAUUGCGUCUUGAUUUACUAAGCAUUCAAGGGGACGAGGGAACAAAAUGAGAAGGAUGGCUAAGGGAUGUUUUUACUCGAAUUGAAAUAAUGAUUGUGAUUUCUUUCUUUUUUCUUAGUAAUGACUGAUCGGAUCUGUUUUCUAUGUUGAGAAAACAAAAUCAAAAAGGAAAUCAAAAACAUGACAUUUUUACAGAUUUUGAGAAUGAAAUGACACAUAUUAUAAUAGACGUGCUCCAGUGACCAAUCUUCUGUACUGCUUUUAUUCUUCUACCAUCGACCAACUUAAUUUCCUUCUACUUCAUUUCCAGUCAGCUCUCCUCAAUGUUCCAUCCCCAGGAAUGGAUAUAUAAAGAAUGUAUCAUUUGUUUAUUUUUAUUUGCCUCCUUUUCAAGUCUGAUGGUGUUGUGGACAAUUGCAAAACUGUAAAUAUGAUAAAUAUUUAAAGAUUAAAAAGAUGCAGGGAGACCAAGUGGAUUACAUAACAGUUUAUCACUUUAACAUUUUGGGGGUGGUGAGGGGUUGCAACUGGCAAGGACCCCUACAAAACUCAGUCCAGUGGCAUUUAUAAACAUUUGUUUUUAGAAUUAAUUCUGUGCCCAAAUGUAUUUUUCAAAGGAAAAAUCGCCACAAUGUAUCUAAAUAACCGGAACCUAUUUUCAUACUUGAAUUUGUAUUUGUCACUCGGAUCUACUGUAAUAGCCUCUGCUUGUUUUUGAUAUUUUCUUCAUCAGCCCAACCUGUUACAGCCUAAUGCUACUCCAUUGUGAAAUCCUGUCCUCAUUUCCAUUGAGUACCAUUAACAGUUCUAUUUGAUGUUGAAUUGUGGAAACUGUUUAGCAAACUAGUAAGCAUAGUCCUUCUGUCUCUCUCCUUGUGUCCUCCACUGCCCCCUACUGUUCCUCUGAAAAUACUCCUGGAUACCAAUGUGUUCCCAAAGUCAAAAAAGCAAAUUAGUAAAUGACAGCUGUAGCAUGCUUAACUUGAAGAAGUAAAGGGUAAAUCCAAUCCAUGAGGCAACAAAUGUGACUUGAACUUUAAACAAUACCAGGAAUGGAUGUGUAAACUGUCUAUCUCUCUUUCCUUUCUCUGAACUAGUGUCUCCCUGAGCCAAUGCUGUAAAUACUAAUGUUCCCAAUCUGUGCUCUUGUGUACUUUCCCUUAUUACUGUCUCCGUUCAGGGUCCUCAUAUUUUGUUUUGUGUGACAAAGCAAAGCAGUCUGAAAGAGACACAGCUAGUUGUGAACCGAUGCUGAAAGUAAACCAUGAUUCUCAGUUUUUGUGCUGUAAAUAUUUAUAUUACUGCAGGCUGAAUACUCUCAUGGUGAUGUUGAAGGCACUUAUAAUUUUGAUAUACAAAUGACAAGAAAAUACAAAAAAUACAAAAUUAUUAAUCUUAAACUGUCUUUUGAUCAAAUCUUCAUAAUUUUUGUGUGUAUUUUGCUGUUCCUCUAUGAGGACAUUUUAAACUGUAAAAUGGUUGUUUAACAUACUUACAGAUCAUUAAAUGGUCUGUCACUCUUGA